AGGCUUUGAAGGGAGGGAUGAGAGAGAAAGUGCAGCUGGCUACCAAGUUUGCGGCUAGGAUACUGGAAGGUGGUAAAAUGGAGGUUUGUGGCGAUCCGGCCUACGUGCGGGAGGCUUGCGAGGCUAGCUUGAAGCGUCUUGAUAUCGACUGUAUUGAUCUCUACUACGUUCAUCGCAUUGAUACUCGUGUACCAAUUGAAAUCACAAUGGGAGCAUUGAAGAAAUUGGUUGAAGAGGGUAAAAUAAAAUAUAUUGGUUUGUCUGAAGCUUCACCUAAUACAAUCAGAAGGGCGCAUGUUGUUCAUCCAAUAACAGCUAUACAACUGGAAUGGUCCUUAUGGACUAGAGAUGCAGAGGAAGAGGUCAUUUCCACUUGCAGAGAACUUGGCAUUGGAAUCGUUCCCUAUAGUCCUUUAGGAAAUGGCUUCUUCACAUCAAGUCCACCGAUGGUUGAGAAAUUGCUAGAAAACGACUUCAGAAAGACUAUGCCAAGGUUCCAACCCGAGAAUGUCGAGCAUAACAAAAAUUUAUACGAGCAAGUUAAUGUAAUAGCAACUAGGAAGGGAUGUACUAUAUCACAGCUAGCAUUGGCCUGGGUCCAUCGCCAAGGGGAUGAUGUUUCUCCCAUACCCGGCACCACCAAGAUCGAAAACUUCAAUCAGAAUGUCGGAGCUUUAUCUAUAAAACUAACACCAGAUGAAAUGGCUAAGCUUGAAUCUAUUGCUAUAGUUGAUGCGGUGAAGGGUGAAAGGUAUUCUUCUUCACACAUGGCUUUGACUUGGAGAUUUGCAAAUACUCCUCCUCUGUCCUCUUGGAAAGCUAAAUGAGGAUGAGCUUCUAGAUGCGUGCUAAUACUGCCUUACUACUUUUGAUGAAAUUCUAUCUACUUGUGUCUUAAGAAUGUUAUAAUUCUGAGAUUGCAUCCUAAGUUAGAACUAUGUUAUUUUGAUGAAUAAAGAUGAGCCACUUAUUGCUUUUUUCAUCUUGUCCGAUUAGUAAAUUUGAUUGUUCGUACUAUCUUUAAUUUAGCUCCAUGAAUUUAUUUUUCCAAAGAUCUUAUUACAUCUGAAAAUUCACUUGAAGAAAUCAACCUUACAGG